AUGGCCAAACUUCUUAUUUCACAUGGUGUAGAUGUUAAUACAACAGGUGAUAAUUAUACAACCGCUCUUCAUUCUGCUGCAUGUUUUAAUAGUAAAGAAACAGCCGAAUUUCUUAUUUUACAUGGUGCAAAUAUAGAUCAACAAGAUAGAUUUGAAGGAACCCCUCUUUUUUAUGCAGCCCAAUAUAAUAACAAAGAAACAGCCGAACUUCUUAUUUCAUAUGGUGCAUAUAUCAAUGAAGGAUGUCAUAAUGGUGAAACAGCUCUUUAUAUUGCAGUAAAAAGUAAUAGUAAAGAAACAGUCGAACUUCUUCUUUCACAUGAUGCAGAUAUCAGCAAAUUAUAUCAUCAUAUGCUUAGAACAAUUCUACAUGUUGCAGCAUUAUGGAGUUAUAGAGAAAUAGUAGAACUUCUUAUUUCACAUAGCCCAAGUAUCGACAAAAAAGAUGAAUAUGGAGAAACGGCUCUUCAUCUUGUGGCUUAUGGUAAUAGCAAAGAAACUGUCGAACUUAUUCUUUCUCAUGGAGCAAAUAUCAAUGAAAAAAAUAAAAAAGGGGAAACCGCUCUUCAUAUUGCAGCCAGUAAUAAUAGCAAAGAAACUGUCGAACUUCUGCUUUCGCAUGGUGCAAAUAUCAAUGAAAAAGAUGAAUAUGGAGAAACGGCUCUUCAUCUUGCGGCUUAUGGUAAUAGCAAAGAAACUGUCGAACUUCUUGUUUCUCAUGGCGCAAAUAUCAAUGAAAAAGAUAACGAAGGGAGAACCGUUCUUAAUCAUGCAGCAUAUGGUAAUAAUAAAGAAACAGCCGAAUUUUUUAUUUCGCAUGGUGCAAAUAUCAAUGAAAAAAAUAACAAUGGCGAAACAGCUCUUCAUCAUGCAGCAAAUUGUAAUAGUAAAGAAACAGCCGAACUACUGCUUUCGUAUGGUGCAAAUAUAAAUGAAAAAGAUAACAAUGGGCAAACCGCUUUUCAUCAUGCAGCACAUUAUAAUAGCCAGAAAACAGCCGAACUUCUGUUUUCACAUGGCGCAAAUAUCAAUGAAAAAGAUAACAAAGGGAGAACCGCUCUUCAUAUUGCAGCACGUCAUAGUCGCAAAGAAACAGCAAAAUUUCUGCUUUCUAAAGGCGCAAAUAUCACUGAAAAAGAUAACAAUGGGAGAACCCCUCUUCAUCAUACAGCAAGAUAUGAAAGCCAAUACAAAACAGCCAAAUUUCUUAUUUCGCAAGGUGCAAAUAUCAAUGAAAAAGAUAAUGAUGGAAAAACAACUCUUUUUAUGCAGCAAAAUAUGAUGGAGUAG